AUGGCCAAAAUUCCCUUCAUGGAAGGAAUCGGCUCACUGAUGCACCUAGCCAAUCUGACACGACCUGACCUCGCCUAUGCCAUUGGCCAAGUAUCACGCUUCUCUCAAAAUCCUGGACCGGAACACUGGAAGGGACUAAAAAGGAUCCUGGCUUACCUGCGAAAAACUAUCAAUCAUGGAAUUCUAUACGGCGGUGGGAGCAAUGAACUUCACGGGUAUGUUGAUGCAGGGUACGCUGGAGAUCUUGAAAACCGGCGAUCAACAUCCGGACCCGUAUUUAUACUCAAUAGUGGUCCCAUUUCAUGGCACAGCCGUCGCCAAACCUGUGUAGCCUUGUCUACCACAGAGUCCGAAUUCAUCGCAGCAGCUGACGGGACCAAAGAAGCGAUAUGGUUGAGGCGCUUGUACUCAGAGUUGGGUGGCCCGGACGUCGCCAUGCCACUGCGAUGUGACAAUCAAGGCGCCAUUGCCCUGAUUCACAACCCAAUGUUCCAUCAGCUCACCAAGCACAUGAAUGUGCGCUUCUUCUUCGUGCGCGACGCUCAACAAGAAGGAAAAAUAGACAUCAACUACAUCGAAACCGAAUCCCAACUCGCUGACAUCUUUACAAAGGCCCUACCGGUCCCAAGAUUCGAGAUGCUGCGUCAGAACCUGAACAUUCGGGAGUUCAUGAACUAG